AUGGUUAAUAAUAAUAUUGAAGAAGAUGGUAAUAGUAUAGAAUUAGAUGGUACAAUAUUGAAAAUACCUUUAAUUGUAGAAAAUGAAUCAACUCAUAAAUCAAUAAUUAAAACAACAAUUUGGUGUAAAAUUAUUAAAGAUAUUGAAAAUCCAAGUAAUGAUCCAAAUUUCAUCAAUGUUGUAUUGAUAUGCAGUUGGCCAUAUAAUUAUUUCAUAACUUCAAUAAACACAAAUAAAUUAAAUCAAAUUUUCAAAAAAAAUCCAAAUUUUAAAGUUGAAAAUGAAGAAUAUCCUAAUUUAUUUAAAUCAUUAUUCCCGUUGGAUUUAGAGACGUUAAUUGAUUCAAGAGAAGCUAAUGAGUAUCCUUAUCAAUUGACUGCUAAAUUAUCAGAUAAGAAAUUUAAAGAAGGAAGUGAGGAAUUAGAAACGGAGAGUGAGUUGAUUAUUCAAGUUAAGACAAUUUCAAAAUUGCCAGUUACUGUUGGUGUAAUUACUUUAAGACCUAUAGAUCUAGAAAGUCAUGAAUAUUUGUCGAGUGAAUCUGAUUUAUUUAAUUGGUUUAACUUGUAUAACUCCCAAAAUGAAAGAUUGGUGCGUUGGUAUAUUGAAAAGAAACAAAAAUAUGAGAAAACAGAUGAGGAGAGUGAGAUCUUGAAAGAGCAAUAUAAAGUAGCUAAGAAACAUUUCAAAAGUGCUAUAAUUGAUCUAGAGACUAAGUUUUAUCAAGCUUUAAAUUCUAAAAAGGAUAAGAUAUUUGAAUUGAUUAAAGCUGCUAAUGGUAAUAAAUUCGAUAAUAAGUUGAUGAAUUUAAAUCAGGAGUUUAUUGAGAAUGAAGGUAAGUUAAACAUGAUAGAUAAAUCAAAAAUACCUGAUCCGGAUCAAAUCGAACCUAAAAAACGAAAAAGGAAAACUACAAGUAAAAAACCUACGAAAAGACGUAAGAAAGCUAUUGAAUCAGAAGAAGAUGAGGAAGAGGAAGAGGAAGAAAGUGAGCUGGAAGAAGAAGAGGGCAAUCAGGUUUAUAAAAAAUCUAGUAUUAGAUUUAAAAAAGAACCCAAUGAAAGUUUUGGAUCAUUUGAAGAACCAGUAGUUAGACGUCCUCGGUCUCCUGAAAUUGGUGAUCAUGAUUCUGUUCCAUAUAUUAAACAAGAAGAGAAUCCAAUUCCUUAUUCAUAUAAUCCAAGAAGUGACAAGAGAAUAGUUAAAGAUGUAUUAUAUUCAAAUGAAAAUGAAAAAUCAAAAGAUGAUGAAGAAGAAGAAGAUGAUGAAACUAAAAAUUAUGAAAGUAAUAACGAAGAUGAGAUUGAUGAAUUAGACAGAGAUAAAGAUAGAGUCGAAAAGGAAUUAAACGAAGAAGAUGGUGAGAAUAGUAGUGAGCUAACUAAAUCAAAAGAAAAAGAUGAAAAAGAUGGUGAUACUCAGCCUAAUGUUCAUGUAUCUACUCAAACUAUAAAAGAUGGUUCUAGUGUUAUAGAAGAUAGUUUAGCUGAGGAUGAAAAUAAAUCACAACAGAAAGAAUCCAAGAAUGAAAAAUCUCAAGUUUAUGAUUUUAAAGAUUCUAAGACUCAAUCACAAGUAGAAGAGUCAAAUUCUAAAUCUCAAUCUCAAGUUGAUACAGAUUAUAGUGAUUCGGAUGAUUCAGAUGAAAAGAGUGAUAAACAAGAGAAUAUUUUUAAUACGGAAGAAUCUAAAACACAAGCUGAAACUCCAAAUGAGACUCAAAAGCAGAGUCAAAAAAAUGUUGAAACAGAUUAUAGUGAUGAUGAUGAUGAUAGUGAUGAUGAUGAUGAUGAUGACGAUGAUGAUGAUGAUGAUCAAUGA